AUGCGGUUCCUCGAGACUGUAUGGAAGACAACCACCACUGUAGUCAGUUGGUUGACCUUCUCCCCCAUCAGCCCCGGAGAUGUAUCACAGUCCCCCCUGGGGUUCCCAGACCUCGUCCCUAGCGCAGCACCGCCGGCCGCAACCACCGUCGCCCCGCUGGACCACCCGGUCUUCACACCCCCAAGCACACCCAGCAAUGGCGAGGACUCGGGUUUCGUCUGCGAAUACCCAGAGAUGACGGACUGGUACGACUGCUCGAGCCCGUCGAACCGCGAGUGUUGGCUCCGCCAUCCAGACGGUCGCGAGCUGAACAUCCACACCGACUACGAAGCCGUGGCACCCGUCGGCAUCCAGCGUAACUACACGCUGGUGGUGAACGAUGGCAAUGUAAACCUCGAUGGCAUGAACUUCACUGAUGCCAAGUUGUUCAACAACACCUACCCCGGGCCGUGGCUUCAGGCCUGCUGGGGUGAUGUAAGUUCAGAUUUUGACCUUUGCUUUGGCGAUGAGUGGGGAAAGGGGCUAACGCGUCGUCAGACGGUCAAUGUCAAGGUCAUCAACAACAUGAAGUGGAACGGUACCAGCAUCCACUGGCAUGGGAUCCGACAGAACUACACCAAUCCCCAAGACGGCGUGAACGGUGUUACGCAGUGCCCCAUUGCCCCAGGGGACUCGUUCGAAUACAGCUGGAAGGCUGUCCAGUAUGGUUCCACCUGGUACCACAGCCAUUACUCGGUCCAGUACGCCGAUGGUGUACAGGGUCCCAUUACUAUACAUGGACCAACCUCCGCCCCUUUCGAUGAAGCUCCUGACGUUCCACUGCUGAUGACAGACUGGGGCCAUGACAGCGCUUUUGCAUCCGUGUACCGGCCUCCAGGCCGCAGUCUCCUAAACGCGAGUUUCUUACUCAACGGCAAAGGCAACCUGACCCGUUUGACCGGCCUGCCGAGUCCGGCCGUCAUCCCCGGUGCGGAAGAGCUACAUUUCGAGCAGAGGAACCUGAGCCUACCCGGUCAAGCCAAGCGAUACCUGCUGCGCCUCAUCAACACAUCCUUCGACACGACCUUCAUCUUCACCAUAGACAACCACUGGCUCCAGAUUGUCAGUGCCGACUUCGUACCACUGGAGCCGUACUACAACACCUCGGUGCUGAUCGGCAUCGGCCAGAGAUACAACGUCAUCGUGGAAGCACGGCCCGAGGCUGGCCCGGACAAUCCGAUUCCCGAGGAUGGCAACUUUUGGAUCCGGACCUUUACGGCAAAUGGAUGCGGCGAGUUCCAGACGGACAGCUUCCCCGGCUCCGAGCGCAGCGGGAUUAUUAGGUACGACGACACCAGCACGGCAGAACCCACGUCGCUGCCGUGGAACGUGUCCAAGCAUUGCUCCGACGAGACGUACACCUCGCUGAGACCGGUCGUCCCAUGGCAAGUUGGCGCCGCUGCAAACGGCGAGAACGGCCAGGAGUUCAACGUCAACUUUGAUGGCUCGGCCUUCAAGACGCCCAUCUUCCCGCUGGCCGUAUUCGCGCUGGAUCCCCAAGGAGUGGGUCCAGGGUCCAAUACCCCUUUCCAAGUCAACUUUAGCCAGCCCGUGUUUUUCGAAUUUAACAAUACGAGCGGCGUGUGGCCCAAGCAAUGGGUCAUUGUUCCCGAAGACUAUACCGAAAACGACUGGGUCGUACUGGUCAUCGACGGCACCGGCACGCAGAGCAUAGCGCUCGCGCACCCGAUCCACCUGCACGGCCACGACUUCGCCGUCCUGCAGCAAGCCGAGAACAAGACGUACACGGGCCCCGCGGACCUCGACCUCCAGCUGCGCAACCCGCCCCGGCGCGACGUCGUCCUGCUCCCGGCGAGCGGCUUCAUCGUCAUCGCCUUCAAGGCCGACAACCCGGGGUCGUGGCUGAUGCACUGUCACAUCGCCCGCCACGCCAGCGAGGGUUUAGGGUUGCAGAUCCUCGAGCGCCAGGCCGACGCCGACGCCCUGUGGCCGCAGGACAGCUCCCCGCAGGUGGCCGAGGCUCGUCGCGUGUGCAGGAAUUGGGACGCCUGGCAUGAUGACUGCGCGAACUGGUGGCCUGGUGUCGAUCCGAUCACGGGCCAGAACCCGUCGUGUGGGAACCCGGCGCAUGUGUUCCAGGAUGACUCGGGUAUCUAG